UAUAUUUUUUUAAUAGAAGAUAAAACAUCUUAUUUAUUAAUACGUAUUUUAACAUAAGGAAUAAUAAGUUUCAAUUUGAAUUUCGACUAUGACGCGUUAAAUAGAACGAUAACCAUACGAGAAAAUACGGCCGAGUAAAAAAUCAAAUCAAGCUUGAUCGGCAAACUUAUUGUUUACAAGGAUUAAAAAAAUAAUAAACUCCGUAAAAAAAUGGCACCGGACAGACCCGAUGCAUCGGGCUUAGAGGCUACGUGUGGUUUAACCGUUGCACGAGUCUUUAAUAUUGGUGAUUCAGUAGUGACACUCAAAAAAGCAGAUAAUACUAGUGCAUUCGCUGACAAAAACAAUAUCGCUACAGUUGACGUAGCUUCAUCAGAUGUUAUCAGCAAUCCUACAGUUGUCAAAAAUUUUAACGAUUUUGGAAACCCAUUGAUAACUAAACUAAAUCAGUCUGACGAUGAUCUUACAUCACUAACGUGGCUUCAUCAACAGAAUCUUCUUAAAGGUCUUGAAAUUUCAAGCCCUACCAAAAAUAUCAAAGAUGAAAAUAUUUUUAUUAAUAACAACAAUAAUAAUGAUAAUAAGAAUAAUAAUAAUAAUAAUAAUAAUAAUAAUAAUAAUAAUAAUAAUACGAAUAAUAUUAAUAAUAAUAAUGUAUGCGAAGAUAGUACAGAACUUUUAGAAAAUACCAAUUCCAUUUCAAGUCUUGACGAUAAUUAUUUUCCAGAAAAUAAUGAUAAAACAAGUUUACCUGGAGCAGGGAAGCUAUGCCUGAGUUAUCAAAACUCUUAUCAGACUCACGAAAAAUCCGAGCCAUUCUAUCAGGAUACAGGGAAAAACUCUUACAAUGGCAUGCAACAAAGUAAUCAAGUGAAGAUAUCAUUGAACAACAAUAAUUUGCCUGUUUCGAAUCGUAACAAGCAUCCUACUCAUAUUCCUUAUGAUCCUCAUUUGCAUAGAAAUAGUAAACCACCGUAUUCUUUUUCUUGCCUUAUAUUUAUGGCUAUUGAAGACAGUCCGAUGAAGGCAUUACCAGUUAAAGAAGUUUACGCUUGGAUACUUGAUCAUUUUCCCUAUUUUAGAAAUGCACCAACUGGUUGGAAAAACUCGGUCAGGCAUAAUCUCAGUUUGAACAAGUGUUUUCGGAAAGUUGAAAAAGCACCAAAUCUAGGAAAGGGUUCACUGUGGAUGGUAGAUGACCAAUAUCGUCCAAAUUUAAUUCAAGCAUUAUCACGAGCACCUUUUCCUCCGCCAACUGGACAAAAUCUCUCUUCGCCAGACAAAAAUAUGAAAAAAAAUACUAGUACACGACUUCCUGAUCCUGUAUUGUUUCCUUACUUAUCUAAGAGGCUUGCAUCAAGUAAUAUAAUUGACAGUUCAGAACUUGAAUUUGACAGUGACGUUGAUGCUGCUGCAGCUGCUAUGCUUUCUUUUAAACACGGACCUAUUAUUCUUAAUCACAAUAAAGAGCGGAAACGAAAAUCAAAUAUUGAGCCAGAAAAAUUGAUACCUAUAAUUACGCGGAGCUCUAGUGAAGAUCAUACAUACAGCUGUAUAACCUCUUUAAAAUCUGACAGUAAAGCGUCGAACAGCUCAAUUUCAGAUAAUACAGGACUUGAUGUCAAUGAUGUGGAUGAACAACGUAAAAUAGCUGAAGGAGCUGAUGCUCUACUCAAUCUUGCUGGAGCCCCUUUCAUUAAUAAUAGUGCUCAGGAGAUACCUAUAAACACCGUCAGUACAUCUGUAAUUAAUCAUACCAUAAAGUUGCCAUUGAUACAGGUAUCUUCGUCUAAAUCAAAGCGGCGCAUCACCUCGAGCGAUUACUCUAGUCUACCUGACAAACGACGUAAGCGCUGGCGCGAGUGGGGUGGAAGCAACAGGUACCCUAAACAAGUUCGGGGUUAGUGAUAAGUGUUUGUUCAUACUUUUUUUCUUCCGUGUAAAAAAUGAUUGUUUCUUAACGCGGGACGAAAGUUAACAAUUAGCUGUACGUCAACUCCAUACAGUGGCCAAAGUUAUAUUUUCAAGAAAAAAAUUCUAAGAGAUAGUUGAUGAAUAGUGAAGGAAUUAAUGGAAAUUCAUUUUGUUUUCUGUUACAAUUCAAUAGAGAUUUAUAAUAUUUAUUAUUAUUAGUGCAAGUAAAUCUCUAUUUGACAUGGUAAGUGUUUUAGAAAAAAAAAGCACUGAAAUACGAGCAAUAAUAGGAAAAAUUAUAUAAUAAUAAUUAAGAAGAGAAAUACAUAAAAAUAUAAAGUAGAAUCAU